AUGGAUCUCGGUCGCCAUUUCUAUCUCAAUAAGGUGUUGGAACAGUAUGCUGCAAGACCCGCUACUCGAAUGACAUUACGCCAACUCGUCUUCUUUGGACGUACAUUAGGCAGGGAUCGCGAGAAGAUCUUGAAGAGCGGCAAUUAUGUUCGUCAAGAGCUAGCUGUGCGCAUUGCACAUCGCAUUCGUGAUCUACAAGCAUUGCCAUUCGUUGUGAUGACUAACAAGCAUCUAGAAGAAGUAUAUGAAAAGUAUUGGACCGCAUUUGAAACUUUUCGAAAAGUACCUAAUAUUCGAACGAUGGAAGAUAACGAAGAAUUUUGUGCAACAUUGAAACGAUUAUUGGAUGAUCAUUUGACAAUCAUUCCUUCUCUCACAAUUGGUAUUGUGGAAUCCUCACAUCAUUUACCUUCCGAUCAGCUGGAUGGCUUUAUGGAACGAAUGCUUCGAAGUCGAAUUUCCCGGAGAGUCUUGGCGGAACAGCACAUUGCUCUCUCUGAAGCACUGGACGACCCUUUCCACUUCUUCAACGAUUCUGCAUCGUCGCAUGAAUCAAGUGCCAAUAGCGGAGAUGGUGAUCACAUUGGUAUCAUCUAUACAAACUUGAAAGUAUCGAGCGUGAUCAGCAAGGUUGUAGGUCUUCUGACCAAAAUCUUCCAGGAUGAAGUGCAAGCCGGAAUUAGGACGGGAGACGCGGCUGUAAUACCGAGUGUGGUGAUUGAUGGCGCUCUUGAUACUCGAUUCGCAUACAUUCCAGAACAUCUCGAAUACAUCUUUUUUGAGCUCCUCAAGAAUUCCAUGACGGCAGUCAUGCGUCAACCUCUUUCAGCGCGUGAUCCUGUCACGAUUCGUGCGACUAUUGUCGAAGGGCCACCUGACGAAGAUUUGAUCGUUCGUGUAUCGGAUUGCGGUGGUGGUUUACCGGACCUCUUGACAAAGCUGAGCGGAUCGCAUGCCCGCCGCGAACAUCGAAGAAAGCAUUCUCAGCCUGUGUCUGAUGCUUUGCUUGCCGCCAUCACUUCAUUCUCCAAUGUACGAAGACGAUUAGAGAUCGAAGAUGAAGAGGUGAGGAAAGCUUCGAUCACCUCACAACACAAAGCGCAAGUAGAUACCGAAGUGAAUGCUUCUUCAUCCACAAAUAGCUCUGAAGAGAGCCACUCCACUUCGCAACGCCCAGACGUAGAAAGUCCAGGAGGUGAAAAAGAAGCUUUGAAAGAAUCAGUCCCACGAAGUUCCCUUACACGACAAGAAACAGGUUUGGGAUUGCCAAUGACUAAAAUCUAUACAGAUUUCUUCGGAGGCAGUCUGAACUUGCGAUCUUUAGAUGGACAUGGAAUGGACGUUUACGUGCGAUUGCCGAAGCUGGGAACAAACAAAGAAGCGAUUGAAGAAAUCGUAUUGUAA